AUGCUUCGUUCAUUACGUUCGCUUUUCAUUACGGGGGUUGCCCUGCUAGACUUGGCUGCUGCUCUUAAGGGUUGUCCUGUGGAGCCACAUCCUGUGAUUCUAGUUGAGGAGACCCCCAUCGUUCUUAGUACUCUUGUGUGCUCUGAUACAGCCUUGACCUUUGGCUCCAUUACCAUCGAUGUGACUUCAGCACCAACACUGCUCGUUACCAGCUUCAAUGCUAUCACAACAAGCACUCUUCACGAUGGCAGUAAUACCGUUACAUCCUUUACUGGACCUUGGGUUACCUUGACGGGAGGCUGGUGGACUGGCUCUGGAGCAUCUACCCUCACACUUCCACCUGGUCAAGGAGGUGGAACUGGCACCAAGAUUAUAUUCGCUGGGAGUGCAACGGGCUCCUUCACAAGAUCUUUCACGAUGAUUGCAGGAGGACAAUGGACCGGAGCCGGGGUGACCACGAUGACCCUCCCGCCAAGUGGCAGCAGUACCGGGACCAAGACCAUAUUCACACCACCGCCGACCGAUACCUCCACGAGUGCUGUCUCUGCGUCAAAUGGAGAGUCAGGAGCGGCAUCCACGGGUAUUGGUGGUGGACCUUCUACAGGUGGUGGCUCUGUCUCCUCAUUAGGGGCAUCAGGAGCCAUAUCCACAGACACGGGCGGUUCUUCCAGUGGAGGUUCAGGUUCUGAUUAUUCAGUUUCCGCCUCAACUAGCGCGGGAUCUGGUUCAUCUCACGGAAAUACAGGAGCUGUAUCUACUGGCACUGGUACUGGCUCAGAAUCCUCUACCGAAAGUUCAGGAUUUAUAUCCACAGGUACACGUACUGGUUCGGACUCCGCAACAGGGGGAUCAGAAGCCUCGUCUACUAGUGAUGUUGGUUCAGGUUCUUCAACUGGAGGAUUAGGUACCUCCCCAACUCAAGCAGGAUCCGGGGCACCUUCAACUAGUAGCGGUAGCUCUGCCUCAACAGGAGGAUCAGGAGCCUCUUCUACUAAUAGUGCUAGCUCAGGAUCAUCGACUGGCAGGUCAGACUCAUCUUCAAGCGGAGCAACCUCAACAGCACCCUCAAUAGACAGCACAAGUUCUGCCUCUUCUAUUGGUAGCACUGGCUCAGGCUCAUCGAGUGGAGGGUCAGGUAGCUCUUCUACCCUUAACACAGGCUCCAGUUCUUCUACUGCCAGCUCGGCCUUAUCCACUAGCUCGGCCUCAUCCAGUAGCUCAGUAUCAUCUACUAGCUCAGGCUUAUCUACUGGCUCAGCCUUAUCCACUGCGAGCUUAGGCUCAUCUACUAGCUUAGGCUCAUCUACUAACUUAGGCUCAUCCAGUAGCUCAGUAUCAUCUACUAUCUCAGACUCUACCUCGUCAAACACGCAAGGAUCGUCCUCUACCGUCUCGGCGACCGCGAGUCCCACCGCAGUAGCCUGCGCGAAAACGCCGCCUCAGUGCCUGGCGCUGGCUGGAACAAGUGGUCAAGAAUUCUCCGAUGAGCUCGGAACUUGUACAAGCGCCUUGGGUUAUUACGAUGGCGUGAACACCGAGGUGGGAUACUGCACAAGCAACAACCUCCCUGGGAACAACGGCGACAAGCUCAUUCCUUGCUUAAAUGCCGCCCUGGCAGGAAUAUGCAUUACAGAUCUCCCUGAAGCAUGUACAAGCCUAGCCGGCAAGACCGAUCUGUUACUAGCACUGGCUCUCCCUUAUUGCAAGUCCGCUCUGGGCCCUUUCAGUGCUAGCGGCCCUGCUGCGACAUGUGUGGCAGGCAAUUUGAGUACAGGUGAUGAUGUCAUCACCUGCUUGAACGCUGCGCUGUUCUCUUGA